UCGCAAAAAAUAUUUAAUUGUCAUUCUUGAACUUUCAUUUGCGUGAGACGGACGUGUAAAAUCGUAGUCGCGUGUUGAUCCCAAAGUGAAAUAUAUUUUUAACACUUAAAUCCUAUAAUAUUAUUAAUUUAAAGAUGCCCAAAUUACAAAAGCCCGCUCCCCAAUUCAAAGGCCCUGCCGUUGUAAACGGAGUAUUUAAGGACAUCUCCUUGGCUGAUUACAAAGGCAAAUAUGUUGUGUUGUUCUUCUAUCCCUUGGACUUCACCUUUGUUUGCCCCACUGAAAUUAUCGCUUUCUCCGAUCGUGCUGCUGAAUUCCGCAACAUUGGCUGUGAAGUGAUUGCCUGCUCAACUGACAGCCAAUACACUCACUUGGCCUGGGUAAAUACACCACGCAAACAAGGUGGUUUGGGAGAAAUGGACAUUCCAUUGUUGGCCGACAAAUCCAUGAAAAUCGCUCGUGACUACGAUGUAUUGGAUGAAGAUAGCGGUAUUCCCUUCCGUGGUCUAUUCAUCAUUGACAAAAACCAAAACUUGCGUCAAAUGACCGUCAACGAUUUACCCGUUGGACGUAGUGUUGAUGAAACCCUUCGCUUAGUGCAGGCCUUUCAAUUCACCGACGAGCACGGUGAAGUCUGCCCAGCCAACUGGAAGCCCGGACAAAAAACCAUGGUCGCCGAUCCCAAGAAAUCUAAGGAAUAUUUUGCUGCCGCUUCAUAAAUGCUGCUGUAACAAUCGAGUUUAUGAUGAACAACAUCUACAUUAAUCACCACAAUUGCACACGUCAACAUCCAUAGUGUAGUAUUUUAUAGAAAAAUAUCAAAUGUUUUAACUCUGGCAGCUAAAUACGUUUGGUAUUUUAUUAAACCCAGUUUUUUCUAUUCUAUCUAAUUAUUAUUAUAUCAAAAAUAACUACAUAAACAUUUCUACACAUACACAACAACAAAAAACAACUAUGUAUUUUAUAAUUAUACUUAAAAAUAUACGUAUAUCAGACCUAAUAGAGGCCCUUGACAAAGUUAUAACUUUGUUUAGGUUUGCAAUUUGAAUUAUUAAUAAACUGCUGUUCAUGUUGUCCCCAUUUAAUAUAUUCCAUAAUUCCGAAGUUGCUUAAAAAACCGAAUGGCGAAUAAGAAAAAAAACAGCAUGAUAUUUACAUCCAUGAAUUGUAUUUGUUUUUUUUUUAAGUUGCAAGCAAAAUCACAAAUAAAAGUAUUGAACAACAAAAAUAAAA